GGCAGCGGCACUAUUCAGUCACUGGUGACAGUGGAGGGGAGUCGUAUGUCUCAGCGCUCCUCUCGGGAUAUUCUCUUCAGUUCGUCUUUUGAGCGCUCCUCCUGUCUCCAGUCCUGUCUGUCCUCCUGUCUCCAGUCCUGUCUCCCCCCUUCCGCGCUCCUUUAAUCCGUGUCGCAGUGAGAGAAAGAGAGAAAGGGGAAGAGGGCGCGGAGAGAAUAGCGAACCGGUCCCCGCAUCAUUCCAGAUGGCUGCCUCUGAAUCAGUGGAUGAGAUUGGGCUCUCGGGUUCAGAGCUGUAAGGAGCUGGUGUUCGGGAGAGAGGCGGCUCUGCUGUGACAGCUUCCCGCUCAGCAGUGCCUCAGGUUCGGUUUAAGGUUUGUUGGGGGGUCAGGAGAAAUCUCAGGACAUGGAGGGUUGCUAGUUGGAUGAGGAUUCAUUUCGGGAGCAGCUGGUGACGUAGGUUGAGUGCCACUUUUUAAACCAAAAACUCUUUCAGUAGCCUGUCUUGGAAGCAAAUUUGCCAGUUUUGUGAGAUGGUCACAUGACUGGAGCAUGAUUACCAAAAAAGCCAAUUUGCAGCUUUAGCCCGCCUCAGCGAACAAUCAGAGACUCCCACCCACACACACUCCCACACAUGUGCGCCGUUUGCCAUGAAUCUGGCCACCAAGCUGCGGAGGAAUCUGAGGAGGCUGGUCAUCCUCCUCGCCACCUUCUGUAUGGUCAGCGUUUUAGUCUCCGCCUACUACCUUUACACAGGCUCCACCCAAGAACUGGACCUCGCGGACCGGGCCGUAGGUCCAGACUGUGCAGACCUCCGGGCGCUCCCUUUCCGACAGUCAGAGCCUCGGACGCCUAAACCGAUCGAUCCAUCACGUAAGGAUCCGGUGGUGUUGGUAUUUGUAGAGAGUCAGUAUUCUCAACUGGGACAGGACAUCAUCGCUAUUCUAGAAUCCAACCAAUUUCGUUACCACGCCGAAAUUGCACCGGGAAAGGGUGACAUCCCACCUCUAACGCACAAAGGCCGUGGACGCUAUGCAUUGGUCAUCUACGAGAACCUUCUUAAGUAUGUCGGGAUGGACGCAUGGAACCGUGACCUUCUGGAUAAAUACUGUGCCGAGUACAGCGUCGGAGUCAUCGCAUUUCACCGUGCGAGUGAAAACUCCCAGCCUGCACUGCAGCUUAGGGGUUUCCCUCUGACAUUGCGAACAAAUGUCGCACUAAGAGACUGCUGCGUAAACCCCCGCUCACCUCUGCUUUACAUAACGCGGGCGGAAGUAGAUCGUGGCCACUUACAAGGAGAGGACUGGACUGUGUUUCAGUUCAACCAUUCCACGUAUGAACCAGUCCUACUGGCAAAAACUCGGCCCAGUGAAAAUGGGGCGGCCCAGAUGAUACCGGGUCCCCAGGGUCUCCAUGCUACCGUCGUGCAGGACUUGGGCCUGUAUGAUGGGGUGCAGCGUGUGCUGUUUGGACAUGGGCUGAGCUACUGGUUGCACAGACUUAUACUGGUGGAUGCCAUCGCUUUUCUCACAGGCAGAAAGCUGUCUCGAUCUCUGGAACGUUACAUCUUGGUUGACAUAGAUGAUAUUUUCGUGGGGAAGAAAGGGACGAGAAUGAAUGUGAAUGACGUGAAGGCUCUUCUGGAAACGCAGAACAUGUUGAGGUCGUACAUCUCUAACUUCACAUUUAACCUGGGAUUUUCUGGGAAAUUCUUCCAUACAGGUACGCAGGAGGAAGAUGAUGGAGAUGAUCUGUUGUUGAAAUAUGUUGAUGAGUUCUGGUGGUUUCCUCAUAUGUGGAGUCACAUGCAGCCUCAUCUUUUCCACAAUGAAUCUUCUCUGAUGGAACAAAUGAUCCUGAACAAAGACUUCGCUUUGGAGCAUGGUAUUCCAGUAGAUCUGGGAUAUGCCGUGGCCCCUCAUCAUUCUGGUGUAUAUCCAGUUCAUAUUCAGCUGUAUGAGGCUUGGAAGAAAGCUUGGGGGAUACAAGUGACCAGUACUGAGGAAUACCCACAUCUCAAACCUGCACGUCACCGCAAGGGAUUCAUACAUAACGACAUCAUGGUGCUGCCCCGUCAGACAUGUGGCUUAUUCACACACACCAUCUUCUAUAAAGAGUAUCCAGGAGGCCCUAAAGAACUGGACAAAAGCAUACGAGGAGGAGAGCUGUUUCUGACCGUCCUUCUCAACCCUAUCAGCAUAUUUAUGACUCAUCUUUCCAACUAUGGGAACGACCGCUUGGGACUGUAUACGUUCACUAAUCUGGCAAACUUCCUGAAGUGUUGGACCAACCUGAGACUACACACACUUCCUCCCCUGCAGCUCGCACACAAGUAUUUCACACUCUUCCCAGAGCAGAGACACCCGCUAUGGCAGAACCCAUGUGAUGACAAACGGCAUAAGGACAUCUGGUCUAAAGAGAAGACCUGCGACAGGCUGCCCAAGUUCAUGGUGGUCGGGCCUCAGAAAACAGGCACGACAGCGCUCUACCUCUUCCUGAUCAUGCAUCCCUUCAUCUCCAGCAACUUCCCCAGUGUGAAAACAUUCGAAGAAGUUCAGUUUUUCAACACCAACAACUACCACAAAGGCAUUGACUGGUACAUGGAGUUCUUUCCUGUACCCUCUAAUGUCAGCACAGAUUUCCUGUUUGAGAAGAGCGCAAAUUACUUUCCUUCUGAGGAGACGCCCAAACGAGCCGCUGCUCUCUUGCCUAAAGCCAAAAUCCUUACUCUGCUGAUCAACCCUUCAGACAGGGCAUACAGCUGGUACCAGCAUCAGAGGGCUCAUGAAGACCCAGCAGCGUUGCAGUUCAGUUUCUAUGAGGUGAUUUCAGCAGACCAGCUUGCUCCUCCUGAGCUGCGCUCUCUCCAGAACCGCUGUCUCGUACCUGGACUCUACGCCACACACCUGGAGAGAUGGCUCACGUACUAUCCUCCAAACCAGCUAAUGAUUAUCGAUGGACAGCAGCUGAGGAAUGACCCAGCUAAAGUGAUGGACGAGCUUCAGAAAUUUUUGGGUGUCACUCCCUAUUACAACUACUCCCAGGCACUCACGUUUGAUCCUCAGAAGGGCUUUUGGUGUCAGCUGUUGGAAGGGGGCAGGACUAAAUGUUUGGGGAAGAGCAAAGGCCGCAAAUACCCACCCAUGGACUCUGAGUCACGAGCGUUUCUCUCCAGAUUCUACAGGGAUCAGAACAUUGAAUUAUCUAAGCUGCUGCACAGACUGGGUCAGCCGCUACCGGCCUGGCUCAGAGAGGAACUACAGAAGGUCAGGUAGCCCCAACCAAACCGCUGCUCCUCCGGGUCAAAGAUCCACAUUCACCCCUCAAUGGAAACUAGACACUUGAACAGAACUCAAUGCCACCUACCUGCAAGCUUGCAGAGCAAAGGUCAGAAAUUCAACUAACCAUUCAUUGGUGCCUCUGGAAAUCCAAACAGAGCAGUGUGGUGUGUCCAUGGCAACAUGACAUUUUUGUUGCAAAAGGUCAGUUUUUUUCUUUCAGUGAGAUACGGUGAUGUAACUGUGACCCUUGAACUUCAGUUGCAGCUAAACAAAGACUGCAUAAAGACUGUAACUGAAAAAAGUCCACAGACUUCCUCCUAUACAGUAUAUACUUUCCCCCAUCAGACACUGGAUAUAAAAGUACGGCUUUAGAUUUUAUACGCCAUCAUCGAGAGAUUUAGAACUGCACAACCACUGUUCAUAACCUCACCCUUGCAAAUAUAUCAGUCAAUCAAUCUGUAAGCCAGUCAAAGUAAAGAUGCAAAAUGUUAAGAGUCAAUGUGGAGAAAUAAAGAGCACAGUCAAGUUUUCCGCAUCAGCUUUAAACCGGUAAAUGGAGUGAUGUCAUUGUGAUGUCAAUGUCUCAGUCCACGUCCCAGUUACUGUUGUUCUAGACACAAUGGCCUGAAGAGCGGAAAUGAUUUCAUUGUGUGUGUGUGUGUGUGUGCGCGAGUGUGUGUGUGUGUGUGUGUGUCUAGGCAUAUGUCUGUAGCCAGGUAGCCUUAGCCCCGCCCACUGGACUGCAACUGGUUGGCUGAUGAAUUUGAAAUGUGACUUUUAUUUUUGAAAACUAUUUGCCUCAAUAAGGUAAGGAAGUGCUUUGAGAAAUAUGUAAAUAACUAUAUAUAUUCAAUAAACACUGGAGAGAUUCAUGUUUCUGUAAAACAGUUCUUGCAAAG